AUGGAUAUCGCGAUUUCUUCAUCACUCUUCAAGUUGAUGCUGGUGUUGAUGAUAGUUCCCGUGGAGGUUACAUGCAACAACUCCACGUAUAAAACAUCUUUAUACAACACUCUUGUACACGGUUAUGAAUCAGCAGUUCGGCCAGGGAAAGACUACAUGCAGCAGACACUUCUUUUAAACGUCUCCUUUGGGAUGAGAAUUAUCAAAUCGUUCGAUGAAGUUCAAAGUAAAUUUUCUAUUGCUGGUCACUUUACCAUAUCUUGGUAUGAUGAACGUUUUACCUGGAAUCCAAGGAGUUACGGUGGUAUACAAGAGAUGCAUUUCUAUGAAAAAGAUGUUUGGAUACCCCCACUGACUUACUCAGUAUCAUAUGAGAACGUGGAUUUACUCGGAAACCCUAACGGCAUUUUGUCUUUUACUAAUGAAGGUAUAUCUAACUGGGAACCUGCUAAUAUCUUUGAUACUAUUUGUAACGCCGAUAUAUCCUACUAUCCAUUUGAUGAUCAGACUUGCGAAAUUGCUGUGUUUGUAGCGGGAUAUAACAGUCAACAAAUACGAUUACAACCUACGUCAACCAAAAUAGGUUUGAGGUUUUAUGUAGAGAAUCCAGUAUGGGAAUUACUGGACUGUCAAAUGAAUUCAGACGUGAAUUCAUUAAUGCUAAGAUUUUCAUUUCAAAGACGAUCUGCAUUUACCGUAGUUAACCUGAUGAUACCAUUGCUGUCACUCUGUAUACUCAACAUAUUUGUGUUUGUCCUACCGGCCAAUUCAGGCGAACGUGUAGAACUCUCGAUCACCAUAUUGCUGGCCAUCAUUGUUUUUAUGUCCAUUGUUUCGGAGUCUUUACCAAAUGCGUCGUCACCAAGAAUUGCCAUUUUUUGCUAUUUGCUUAUGUCAGAUAUGCUCAUUAGUGCUUUCAUCAUGAUCUGUACUAUUUACAGCAUCAAAUUGUACACUAAACUGGAGACUGAAAACGUUCCAGAUUUCUUGUCUGCAUUUAUAAAAUUUGCAUUGUGUGCUAAAAAUAAGGUUUCAACAGUUGGCACAGAUUCUGAUGAAUUGAACGUUUCAAGUGUGACACUUGACGGAAAUAAAAAAGAAUGCAACAAAGAAGAGGGUACAGGUAAUGUCAUGACAUGGACAAAUGUCGGACAUGCUUUCGAUAAAGUUUGUAUUGUAGCGUUUUCAUCAUUGCUGAUAAUAGUACAUCUUGCUUUCUUUCUGGUCAUACUACUUAAGUAG